UCCGAGAGGGGCCGGCAUCCCCGCCCGAGGCCCCUCCUUCCGGGAGGGCUGGGAGCCGCGAAGAGACUUGGUAGACACAGACCCUCGCUAAUAACACAAAUAUUCACGUGUGCCCUCUCUGUGCUGGGAAUUGGGCACGCCCUGGUCAGACUCCGCCCCCGCUCCGAGCGUUGGAGCACCACACAGCAGCCCCCCACGCCCCACCCCAAUCCAGGACAACCUAAAUCCUUCAACCUUGGGUGAGGAAGGGUGUGGGAGGAGCCUAAACUUUCGCCCUACCCCUCGUCUUCCGCGUUUCAUUACCAAGGCCCCCUCCCUUCUGGGGGCGUUCACGACUGUGUCGUAAAGUAGGGAACAUUCUUUGCUCCCAAACAGCCCGCCUCGCUGUCUUUACGACAGGCCGUAUUCCACGCCUCCAACAUGGCGUCCCCCAUUUAAGAAGCGGCAGUAGUUUCUACUCAGGUGGCCAGGGGCAGUGCUGAGCUUGGGCUGUUGCGUGUGUAGCCUGAAGUGCUGAAAGCUGUAGUUAAAGUUCGUUUCUAGUCACGAUUCCAGGAACUCUCCCUUCUUUCAGGGUCAGGAGUUGCCGGUUCCUUCUAGUUCCUGCAAGUUCUUCCUCUGCCCCUGGUUUGUUCCCUGCGCCACCUCCGGACACCCCCAAAAUCCCUGACACUCCCAGACUCAAACUAUGAGCCUUCGGCGGCUGCUGUUGCGCUUACCCCGUUAUCUCGGGGUCUCGGGUUCCCCGCGACGCUUGUGGUGGUCCCCGUUCCUCGAUACCGUCUCUUCGGUGGGCUCCUGGCGUGGUCAGUCCUCCAGGUCCCCGGCCCACUGGAACCAAGUAGUGUCAGAGGCGGAGAAGAUCGUGGGCUAUCCCACGUCGUUCAUGAGCCUCCGCUGCCUGCUCAGCGACGAACUCAGCAACAUCGCUAUGCAGGUGCGGAAGUUGGUGGGGACUCAACACCCUCUGCUUACCACGGCCAGGGGGCUUGUACAUGAGAGCCGGCAUAACCUCCAGUUGAGGGGCUUGGUGGUGUUACUUAUUUCUAAAGCAGCUGGGCCCAGCAGCAUGAAUGCAUCAUGUCAGAACUAUGAUAUGGUCAGUGGGAUCUAUUCAUGUCAAAGAAGUUUGGCAGAGAUCACAGAACUUAUCCACACUGCUCUCCUCGUACAUCGUGGGAUAGUAAAUUUAAGUGAAUUGCAAUCCUCUGAUGGACCACUGAAAGACAUGCAAUUUGGAAAUAAAAUAGCUAUCCUGAGUGGAGACUUUCUUCUAGCAAAUGCCUGCAACGGACUAGCUCUGCUACAGAACACCAAGGUUGUGGAACUUUUAGCAAGUGCUCUUAUGGACUUGGUGCAGGGAGUAUACCAUGAAAAUUCUACUUCAGCAAAGGAAAAUCAUAUCACAGAAGAUAUUGGAAUAUCAACUUGGAAGGAACAGACUUUUCUCUCCCAUGGUGCCUUAUUAGCAAAGAGCUGCCAGGCUGCAAUGGAAUUAGCAAAGCAUGAUGCUGACGUUCAGGAUAUGGCAUUUCAGUAUGGGAAGCACAUGGCCAUGAGUCAUAAGAUAAAUUCUGACCUCCAGCCUUUUAUUAAGGAAAAGACCAGUGACUCCAUAACUUUUAAUCUCAACUCAGCUCCUGUGGUCUUACAUCAGGAGUUUCUUGGAAGAGACUUGUGGAUUAAGCAGAUCAGAGAGGCUCAAGAGAAGGGAGGAUUAGACUAUGCUAAGUUGCGAGAAACAAUCAAAGCUGGCAAAGGUGUGACUUCAGCUAUUGACCUGUGUCGUUACCAUGGAAACAAGGCACUGGAGGCCCUGGAGAGCUUUCCUCCCUCGGAGGCCAGAUCUGCUUUAGAAAACAUUGUGUUUGCUGUGACCAGAUUUUCGUGACACCAAAUUAAAAAGGCACUAUUGUUCGUUAGCUGAAAAAAAACUGGGGAAUGAGGUGAUCGGGAGAGCUUUCAUGAUGAAAUAACUAAAUGUGUUAAUGACUUUAAAAACAUAAUACAUUUUUUUUCCUUCCUUUUAUCACAUUGCUAAAUGAAUACUGCCUUCUUUUUGGAACUGCUAACAAACAAAAUUAGAAGAAAAAAAGGUCAAGCAGUUUUCACUUGUCACGCCAGAAGCACACUUGAGGCCGCAGUAGCAGAAAUAAUUAAUGAGAUUCGCUCCUGUGACCUCAGCAAAUGGACAGGAAAUAAGUCCUUAUUGAUUGGACCGAGCCAGGGAUGGCGCCAGGGCGGUGGCCUGUGGUUUUCUUUCUAGAGAGGACAGAGCAAGCUGGAAGCUGCAGGUGUCAAGAGAAACACUAUCACUGCCAGCCGGAGAGGACUGUCAGAUCAAAAACGAGUGACCAAUCAGACAUAAUGGAGGGUCGUUCAGUAAUUAAGAAAAAAAAACCAAAAAACGUGCUUUGUCUUCUUGCAAUUAUGUCUCUGCAUUUGUAAGUACAGUAUGGAUACACUUGGCGCUUCAUGGUUUUUGUAACAUUUUUUUAGGAAAAAUUGCUGAAAAACAUAAUGCCAAAUAUUCGAAGUUAGGAGAUUAAAAUGCUCUCGAAUGUUAACUUGGUUGUAGUAGGAAGGCUUCUGUUUCCUUCUGGGAGACCAAAUAUUCUUCAAACACAUUUCAAAGAACCAAACUUUUUUUAAGUAUGUUGUAUUCAUUUGUAAUAUUUUUGUAUAGAGAAUACCUUUAACUUUUACAAGUAUUAGAUAUAGAACCAUUGUUCUGGGGAAUAUACUGGUGUGGGUUUUUUUUGUUAUUUUUUUUGUUUUUUAAUUCAGAAUGUCAAAUUUUGGUCUUGAACCACAGACCUCCAAUUACAGAGAAAAUAUAGGCAACCUCCCAGGCCUGCAAUCAGACACUGUCUCUGUGUGGUUCAUAGGAGAUGAUUUUUGCGGUUUGCGUGCAUGCAAUCUGAGAACACCGUUGACAAGAAGGCUGAGUUUACAUAAAUGAUCUAGAUUGAGACUGAGCUACCUUUCUUCCGUGUGUGGUGUAAUCACAGCCCUAUCUGGAGACAGUGAACACAGCAAACAGAUUUUAUUACCUCAUUCACUCAAACAUCCAGUGAAGUUAUUUUAGUUUAAUUCCUCCCUCUAGAAGUUACAAAACCGUUUUAUCAGGACCCCGCAUGUGGUAUGCAAUGAAGAGAAAAUGUGAGUGACAGAGGUUAAGGUAUCAUACUAUGAUUUUUUUUUAAUAUUCUUAAAAUGUUGUAAUUACUGUUUAUGCUACUAUAAUUUGAAGGCCUGUAGAUUUAGCAAAAGUGAACAUUCUUCUGUCUGAAAUGGUCUUUUCUCACAGAAAUUGGCUUAAUUAGUAACUAUGGUUAGAUGCUUUAGAUAGAGUAGGUUUUAAUCAUUAACUUGCACAAAGGAGGAGCCGUGCUCAGUGUUCUCUGGAGGUGCAGGAGCUUACACAGCGGUAGGUUUUACUAAGCAGCUGGUCAGGUACCAAAAGGCAGGAUCCGAGGGCUCUUCUCAUUCUGGUUUAGCAGCUGGUUUGCUGUGUGACCUUGAGUUAGUCACUUCCCUCUGAGCCUCCACUUCCUCAUCUGUCAAAUAAAAUUAAAUGAGAGAAUACAUGAAGUCCCUUCCAGCUUUGUUUUAUUCUCUAAAAGCCUGCCGUUUCUGGGGUUCUGAGUGGCUCAGUCGGUUAGACUUCUGAUUCUUGAUUUCUACUCAGGUUAUAAUCUCAUGGUUUGUGAGUUCAAGCCCAUGUCAGGCUCUGUGCUGACAGUGUGGAGGCUGCUUGGGAUUCUCUCUCUCUCCCUCUCUCUGUCCCUCCCCUGCUCAUGCACACACACACACACACACACACACACACACACACACAUUCUCUCUCCACCCCCCCUUAAAAAUAAAUAAACUUAAAAAAAAAAAACAACAGUCUGCCAUUUCUGACUCUGGAUAACAAGGAUGCUAAGUGAGGUUCUGGGAGGAGGAAAGGUGAAACCCAGGGAGAGGCUAUAAAGGAAUGUAUAAAACUUUACGGCAAACGUCUUCCUAAACUGCCUCAAAGCUUAGGGCCUAAAGUAUCCCUAGCUCUCCUUUGUAUGGCAUGUAAUCCUGGACUCUUCUGUUUCCACACCUGCCUUUCUGCUUUCUUUGGGACCUUCCUACCUCCCUUUCAUCUCCCUGGCUCCGGCGUCCCGCCCCCAACGUUGAUUGACAGCCCUUCCUCUGUACUCAGACUCAGCAGAGUUCCCGCUUCCCAGCGUCCUGGCAGGCUUUUGUUAAACCUAACAGGUUGGUUCAUUAACCCUACAGUAUUAAAUACUGACACUCUUUCUUCAUGCCCCUUCUUCGGGGAUAUUUGUUAACUCUUACGUCCUUAUAAUUUCAGGCAGCUGAGAGAGAAAUGUGGGGCACCAAGACAUGCUUUAAUCACUCCCCUUGGCCUGUCUCCUGGGUGCAGGCUCUGCUGACUAGGUAAGACUCUGGCCUCGGAAUGUCCCCUCGACCCCCUCUGCAUCGCCUCCCAUCCCCAGUUUCUUGUUAGAGGGAAGAAUUCAUUCAUUGGGCAUUGUGCUGGUCCCCCCAACUUGCAAGUUGGCCCCUCCAAACCUCAUUCACUUCAGGCUCCUGAAACCACCCGCACUCUCCUUCCUAUCAGUCUUUGUUAAGUGUGUAAAGGCUGCGAUAGCGAGGGCCCCAAGUGCAGGCCAUCUUGUUUGAGUCCCACAGUCACGCUCUGGAGGUAAGCAUACCCCCCAUUACCAAUGGAGAAGCAGGCCGAGGGGACCGCCUCUGACCACCUGGCCUGCCCUCACUCCCUGCCUCCCCACCAGAGUCUUCCAAGUAGCGCCUCUUUCUUGCUUCCUCUGCCUCUCUUUCCUCCUUUCCAAGAUCUCGAGCCUGUAGCCUUCCUGCCUCCUUCAUGGCCCCAUUCUUAAAUCGUCAGUGUCUCCCCUGCUGGCUGUAUGUGCUCAAUCCCCCCUAUCCCCUAAAAUGAAAUUCCUCCCUUCGUGUUCUUUAUCCUUCUGCCUACGUUUUUUUCUUCCUAACUUUACCAACUACACCUUCUUACAGUCUGCUAACUCCUGAACCCUUGCAGCUGGUCAUGCACUAACUACCAGGUCCCCGCCACCUAGACCAGUGCCAGUGCUUUAGACACUCCGAGAAUAUCUGUUGGACAGAUUAUCAGGUCUCUUACUGCACAACACUGAGACAGACUUCUGACAGAAGGUGGCCUUUCUGUGAAGUUUGCAAGCCGUAUCCCCACGCACAGACUUUCCCAUGGCAUGCCAUGUCACUAACCCAACCACCCGGCUCCCUUGGUGCCCUUGGCCCACCUCUGUGUAGGUUGUUCCCCCCGCCCUGACUGUCCUCCAUACCUGACACAUCUCUUAGUUGUACCCCUAGAGACUUUCUUUUCUGAACAUUUAAGGGGCACCUGGGUGGCUCAGUGAGUUGGGCAUCCAACUUCGGCUCAGGUUAUGAUCUCACGGAUCGUGAGUUCAAGCCCCACAUGGGCUCGGUGCUGUCAGUGAGGAGCCCACUUCGGAUCCUCUGUCCCCUACUCUCUGCCGUUCCCCAGCUCACACUUGCUCUCAAAAAUAAAACAUGGGGCACCUGGGUGGCUCAGUCGUUGAGCGUCCGACUUCAGCUCAGGUCAUGAUCUCACUGUCUGUGAGUUUGAGCCCCGCAUCCAGCUCUGUGCUGACAGCUCAGAGCCUGGAGCCUGCUUUGGAUUCUGUGUCGCCCUCUCUCUCUGCCCCUCCCCUGCUCAUGCUCUGUCUCUCUCUGUCUCAAAAGUAAAUAAAAACAUUUAAAAAAAAAAAAAAAGAAAGAAAAAGAAAAAAAAUAAAUAAAUAAAACAUUAAAAAAAAAAAAAAGAACAAUAAACAUUUAAAUUCUAUUUCCUCGGAAACUUAAAAGCAGUUUCCUGCCCCACCAAGUCUUUUUCUUUUAAACUCUCCAACUUAGAAAAACUGUUUUCUGGCAUUAAAAAAAACAGUAUCAAUGAGAUACCGAUUUAAAUAGUGAACCGUUUUGCCAUCAUGCUUCUUUGAAAGAAGAUUCGUUUUAUGACGAUCAUUAAACUUUGUUGUAAGUUUUACUUAAUGAUAACACUAAAUCUUCACCUUUUCUUGCUCACAUAAUGUGGUUAUCUGGUCACACCUAAAAAUAAAUAAUUAGUGACAUUGUUUGCCUGGCCCAAGUCUCAUUCUCUAAUGUUUGAGACUUUAUCUGACCCAUGACAGUAUUAUUGCUAUGGCCCAGGAUGUGGGUGACACUACAAGUUGAGGUAAAAGACGUAUACAUACGUUAGUACGAAAUGCUCCAAAAAGAUAGAGGGCUUUUUUAGGCUCAGUAUCUACCACACAUUAAACUCGUGACCAGAAAGUAGUCGGAAUAAUCCAUGAUGAUCUUUUUUCAAAACCUGACGAAUUGCUGUAACAUGGCCUUCUUUGGGCAAGCAAGUUUGGGGGAAUUGUGUGUAAUCAACAAUUUGAUUACAAGUGAAAGUAUACUUUUUUUUUUUUUUUUAAGACUCUAAUCAACCAGUUCAUCACUGAUAAGAAGAACCUUGUUUUCCAGAAAACAGUUGUCAAGCUCCUUCCUAGAGUUCUUAGUUUCUGGAAGAUACUUUCCUGCCACUUCAUUUGUUUUCCCACUUUGAAAUCCUAUUGCUAGGAUCACCUUUCUGACCAAUGGAAGCUCUAGGAUUUAUCUUUAUAAUCCGUAAUGACUGCCUCUCAAGGUAGAGAACACAGGGCACACCUUCGUUAAAGUACAAAAGGGCAGAAAUGAAUUGGGUUGGUUCUUUAAUUCCUUUAACUGUGAAGACAUAAUGGUCAUUCCAUUAUUAUAAAUAGUUUCAAUUAU